UACAUCCUGGUUCUCAGAGCGCAUGUGCUUGUCUUUACACAUGUGGUGAACGUUUAUGUUGCGUUUAACGUAGUUUAAAGUUAUAGUUAUUAGAAAUAGCGCUCCAAAAACAUAACUUAAGAUAUUCGUUUUUAUAUAUAUAGUAGCCCUUUCGAUCUUAGCUUUCAGAAACAGUCCUCCGUGAAGCAUUUCGCCGAGAGGGCCGGAGAAACAAAACCCGCGAUGUAUUAUCAGACUGAUGCCCAAGUGAACCCGAAGGCCUACCCGCUGGCUGACGCCACGCUGACUAAAACUAUCCUGGACUUGGUGCUGCAGGCUGCUAACUACAAGCAGCUGAGGAAGGGAGCUAAUGAAGCUACAAAAACAUUAAACAGGGGCAUCGCAGAGUUCAUUGUGAUGGCUGCUGAUGCCGAACCACUGGAGAUCAUCCUCCACCUCCCGUUGCUCUGCGAGGACAAGAACGUCCCAUAUGUGUUUGUCCGCUCCAAGCAGGCCCUGGGGCGGGCGUGCGGUGUGUCCCGGCCCGUCAUCGCCACCUCGGUCACCAUAAAGGAAGGCUCUCAGCUCAAACCACAGAUCCAGUCUGUUCAAACAGCGAUUGAGAGACUGCUUGUGUGAUUACUGUUGCUCUGGUCUCUGUUGAGAAAGGAGAACCAAGACUUAAACAUCCUAUCUUCUGUUUUUGGACAAACUGUUCAUAUGCAUUAGCAGCAAGUUACUUUUUUAUUUUUAGGGCAGUGUGACUACAUCAUUGUACUAGUUUGCAAGUUACCUGAUUUGUAAUAAAACAUUAAUUGAAACGUUA